CUGUGAUCCGAAAAAAUAAAUGCCGAAAUAUCGCAGGAUGGGGAAAAGGUCGCUGAUGUGAACGCUUGUAUUGACAGGAUACGGGUUCGAAAAAAAUAUUGACAUCCGAAAUAAUCGCACGAUAAAAACGGUCCCGGUGAGAAAGGAAAUUAACAGGGAACAUUUAAGAUUGACAAGUGAUUUUUUUUAUAUUGUGAUAUUUAUCAAUAUCAACUGAUAUGAAAAAAUGUAUUGUGAUAAAAAUGUUUCCCAUACCGCCUGGCCCUAACUUUGGUCCAUGUUCUUUUUGUCAAAACAAAAAAUAUUAUCUCUCUUCUGCAGGUUCAUCAAAUAAAUUUUCAACCUCAAUCCAGAAAAAUGUAACAUGCUUACAGUCAAAAAAUAAAAGUACAAUUGUUUCUGAGAUAUCACUUCUGUGUUUUUUAAUAAAGUUAAAUAUAUUCAAUAUAUUACUUUAUCGAUUAUUAAAUAUUUUUUAUUAGUAAAUCCAAAUAUUUCCAUCAAAAUGAUCCACGUCACUGCGCACAAUCUGACGUCAUGGCGUGAUCUGGUCAACAACUCAGCUGUUGUGAUGGCGCCUUCAGGUUCCCUCGGAAAUGUCGGUUUAUAUGUGAGUUUUAAAAAUCUGUGAUGACGUGUGAACCGUCUGCUGGGUCAGUCUCUGAUGUCACUUCCUGUCUGUCACCUGUAUUUCAGGUAUUUCCGUGUGAUUUGUUCCCACUGAGUUCACUUUUCUCCGGAGAUGUGAUGAGCCGUGAGCGUGGGGUCAGUGGGUGAAAUGAGAAAAUCCGGACUUUAGCAGAGGCCGUGAAGGCAUCAUGGGACCAGUGAGGGAAAAAAGAGGAAAGAGGAAUCCACGUCGUCGUCGUCUGUCUCAGUCCGUGUCAUGUCCUCAAUGAGCGCGUGAAACUGACGGAACCGUCCGUGAAACCAGAGCGGCGGGUCGAACCGAGGAACCCGAACCGGUCCCGUUAGCUGAAGGAGAGUCCAAAAUGGAGCUGGAAGACGGGGUGGUGUACCAGGACGACCCGGGGACAUCAGCGAUGAUGUCUGAGCGGGUAUCGGGCCUGGCCAACUCCAUCUACCGGGAGUUCGAGCGGCUCAUCGGGAAAUACGACGAGGACGUGGUGAAGGAGCUGAUGCCGCUGGUCGUGGCCGUGCUGGAGAACCUGGACUCGGUGUUCGCGGAGAACCAGGAGCACGAGGUGGAGCUGGAGCUGCUGAAGGAGGACAACGAGCAGCUCAUCACCCAGUACGAGCGGGAGAAGGCGCUGAGGAAACACGCCGAGGAGGUGAGGAGGGAGGGAAGGAGGAGGCGAGGGAGGGAGGGAAGGAAGGAAACAGCAUCCUCUGAGGGAGGGGGGGUGAAGGGGGGGACCGGAGUCUGCAUCCGUGAACCGUGGACUCACCUGUGCACGUGCUCAGGUGGGCUGCUGCAGCCUUCUGCUAGAUGUAAACAAGGCCCUUUGUGUGUGUGUGUGUGUGUGUGUGUGUGUGUGUGUGUGUGUGUGUGUGUGUGUGUGUGUGAGAGAGAGAGAAUCACUGUUAACCACUGAUUUACACACCUGGACUGAGUCACUGUGACGUCAGAGAGAGGGGAGUCAGGUGAGACUGGAGGGGACAGGUGAGGUGACUCAGCAGACCUGAAGAGACAGACAGACAGACAGUCAGUCAGGUGGAUCACAGGUGAGUUGUUUGGAGCUGAUAUGAAACGUCUCAGUUCGACCCUCAGGGCCACAUCCUGACUGUUUAGACCAGGGGGGGCUCUGACCCAUGUGGAUCAUGUACAUCAACAGUAAUUUAUUGACGGUCCCUUAUUCAACACCGAAGUUGACACAAGCUGCGUCCGAAUUGCCAAGUAGUAGUCGAAGUAGUAGUCGAAGUAGUAUCUAGCAUGUCCGAAUUGGCCACCGGAGCGAGUAGCAUGCUACUUCAGAUACUACUUCAGAUGCUAGACACGCCCACAUUGUAGGUUGGUCUCGGUGCAUCCUACGGGCAUGCUACUGACCCAAAAUGCACCGCAGGCUUCUUCUUCAUCCUCUUAAAAGUUGUAGAAGCGCAUGUGAUGCUAGCGCCACCAGCUGCUCUGCCUAUUUAAAAGUGUCGCGAACGCCGUCUGGCCGCAGCAGCGCGCACCAUGUCGGAGCAGCAGCAGCAGCAGCAGGCGGGACCGCAGCAGUACAGAUGUAAGUUUCAUGUAACUUCACACACUGUCCUAAAACAUGUGCGGUUGUAUCUCUUUGUCAUGUCAUGGUGUCAUAUUUGCCCAAGUAAUCAUUUUAUGAGCAAAUAUGUGGCGACAUCAUGGAGGUAAAGCUCACUUAUUCCAUCAUUAAACUGCACAGCUGCAGUACUACAGCCAGGCCCGCAGAUGAGGGGCUUCAGUUACCACUGUCUGCACGGGCGCAGUACCUACUCUCUGCCUGCGGGGGUCGUCUUUCCCCACCGCUCGUCUAGUGUGUCCGAAUUGGGCCAACGUUUUUAGUAUGUAGGAGUAGGAUCUAGCAGUAGCACGUAGUAUCCGAGCGGGCAGUUUGGACGCAGCAAGUGAGUGUGUCGAGUAGAUUUAACCGCGCUGCUGUUGUUAUUCCCGUUUAUGGAGAGUGAGAAGACACCGGUAGAUCCUCAGAGAAUGUCCGUCAGAUAUCCAACCUGAAACUAACUUCACCGCUGUAUUUACAGGAAAAUAUAUCCAACCUUGAAACUAACUUCACCGCCGAUCAUAAAUACUUAUAAAUGAUGAAAACUGAUAAUUGAUAAAUACUGAUAAAUGAUAAGUACUGAUAAAUAGUAAAUACUAUUAAAUGAUAAAUACUCAUAAAUGAAUACUGAUAAAUUAUGAUGAGAACUGAUAAAUGAUAAAUACUGAUCAUUAGCUACGUCUUGAUCAGAGCAGAGGUUUAUGAAAGUCUCUCUUAGCAGCUGAAGAUGUUAGAUAACAGUUUCUACAGGCAGAGGUGAUGAAGACGAGGGACCUCCCUGUGAGGUCAGUAAAAACAUGAAACCGGGUCAGAAUCUGACAGAAACGUCGACUGAACCUCAGUCACGGAGCGCGCUCAUAGACACUCUGUGAUAGUACUAGUGUGAGGAGUGUGUGUUUCCUGAGUGUUUCUAUGGAGGCUGAUGGGUUGCGACUCGGACCGUCUGUUCGGGGUCUUUGACUGGAGCCAUGAGGACGGCAUGGACGUCUCCGAGUGACAGCCAGACACACAAACACCAAAAACACACACCAACAAACCCACACCAGCAGCCUGGAGUGUAACUGCACACAUGAUCAGUCUUUACAGGAGAGACUCCGUCCACGUCAGUCAGUCGCUGCUUCAGACGACCUUUGAGCUGCUGCUGAUAUUUCUGACAAACCUUUGCUCCUGUGGUGUUCCUGUCGGCCUCUCACACAGACACGCUCCUACAACAAAGAGAGAAAAACCCAGAGUCACAGCGCCGCCGUCUCACAAAAAACCAAGAGAACCAGAAACACUGAGAAUAAUGAAGUCUGCAGAUUCAACCUGCAGCAGAGAAACAAACAAAAAAAAAGACUGAUCCUUUAAAAAAGACCGUUUCAUUGAGCUGCUGCAGACUGAGAAUCAGGGCUGAGGCCUGCUCAGCUGGACACACACAACCACACACACACACACACACACACACAGGAAGGAGCCUGGAUUUCCGGAUAAACUAAGAAGUCUUGUCCUUCCCCUAGAGGUUCUUAUUCAGAGAGUGUCACCAACAAUCCUGUGAUUAUUGAUCAUUGAUCAGACAGACUGAGUUUAUGGGCGGAGCUUCAUCAACAUUAAAACUGUUCAUAGUGAUUAAGAGGUGGUCAUUAAAAUAAUGAAGUGAAUGACAAACAGUUAGAAAAGGAAGUGAAGCAACAGAUGUUAAUGUCCACAGUCAACAAACAAAUAAAGACUCAGUCUACUGUCUGAGUCUAUUACUGUCUAUAACAGUAACAGUCUAUAACAGUUUGAGUCUAUAACAGUCUAUAACAGUAACAGUCUAUAACAGUCUAUAACAGUUUGAGUCUAUAACAGUCUAUAACAGUAACAGUCUAUAACAGUUUGAGUCUAUAACAGUCUAUAACAGUAACAGUCUAUAACAGUCUAUAACAGUUUGAGUCUAUAACAGUCUAUAACAGUAACAGUCUAUAACAGUUUGAGUCUAUAACAGUCUAUAACAGUAACAGUCUAUAACAGUUUGAGUCUAUAACAGUAACAGUCUAUAACAGUCUAUAACAGUAACAGUCUAUAACAGUUUGAGUCUGUAACAGUCUAUAACAGUAACAGUCUAUAACAGUCUACAACAGUCUAUAACAGUUUGAGUCUAUAACAGUCUAUAACAGUAACAGUCUAUAACAGUCUAUAACAGUAACGGUCUAUAACAGUCUAUAACAGUAACAGUCUAUAACAGUUUGAGUCUAUAACAGUCUAAAACAGUCUAAAACAGUCUAUAACAAUCUAUAACAGUAACAGUCUAUGACAGUUUGAGUCUGUAACAGUCUAUAACAGUAACAGUCUAUAACAGUCUAUAACAGUCUACAACAGUCUAUAACAGUUUGAGUCUAUAACAGUCUAUAACAGUAACAGUCUAUAACAGUAUAACAGUAACAGUCUAUAACAGUCUAUAACAGUAACAGUCUAUGACAGUUUGAGUCUGUAACAGUCUAUAACAGUAACAGUCUAUAACAGUCUAUAACAGUCUACAACAGUCUAUAACAGUAUAACAGUAACAGUCUAUAACAGUCUAUAAAAGUAACAGUCUAUAACAGUCUAUGACAGUUUGAGUCUAUAACAGUCUAUAACAGUAACAGUCUAUAACAGUCUAUAACAGUAACAGUCUGUAACAGUCUAUAACAGUGACAGUCUAUAACAGUAACAGUCUGUGACAGUCUGAGCCUGAUGGUGUCCUGACUUCACGUCUCUGUGUUUCUGUGUCCUGUCUUCAUGUCUGUUUCUGUCUCCACGCCUCAUGUCUCUCUCUGUUUCUCUGGAGCAGAAGUUCAUCGAGUUUGAGGACACCCAUGAACAGGACAAGAAGGACCUGCAGAACCAUGUGGACCGGAUGGAGUCCCACUCCAGACAGCUGGAGCUCAAGAUCAGGAACUACGCCGACCAGAGUAAGAAACAGUUUUUAAAGCUCCUGUCUCAGAGUUUGUCAUGAAGGACAGUGAGUUUAUUAGUCUGUAAAUGUCUUUUAUUUUUAUGUGAAGGUCUGUCCUCUCCUCCUUCCUUCCUUCCUUCCUUCCUUCCUUCUCUUUCACUCUCUCUCUCUUUAAUCGUCUUUUCCUGGUUAAUGUUUCUCUAUCGGCUUGUUAUGCCUGCUCACUCACUCUUUCUGCCUCUUUGUGGGCUCACGCUAAUGGGAUUACAGGAUUUCUCUUAUUCCCAUCCUUAAUGCGACAGUUAGCCCCGUCUCAUUGGUGGAUUAGGGAUGGGAAAGCCUGCUGAUUGGCUGGUCCUGUCUGAGUUGGUUGUGGUUCUGAGCAGCGGAGUCACAAAGCUGGUUAAAAUGAGUCAUUCAUUCACACACAGCUGCCAGCAGGACUCUGUUCACAGCAGUAUUUACAGGCUGACAGGGGGCGCUAGAGUCAGACUGCUCUGGAAAAUGAAGUAUGAAUCGCUCGGGGUUAGACAUUUAUUUCCAAAACAACAUUUUCACUCUGUAAAGUGAAUUUAGUCUUUGGUCAUCAGUUUGAUUAGAAUUGUGUUCAGACCAGCUUCCUUUUCCUCAGACUGGAGUGAAUCAGGAUGAAAUAAGUCUGUUUCUCUGGUGUCUGUGUCGGUCAGUUUCCUCUCGAACCUUUUUUCUUUAUAUGCAGUAUUUCAUCUUAAAGUCUGUCAUGGUGCUGAGACCCUGAUAAUCACUUAACUUCUUCACUUAAACAACAUUCAGAGCAGUCAAAGUGAGAUCUGUGCGAUGGUUUUUAAGUAUGACUGUAAAGUGAGUUUCUGUGUUUUAAGUCGGCAGGCUGGAGGAGCGAGAGGUGGAGCUGAAGAAGGAGUACAACUCCCUCCAUCAGAGACACACCGAGGUGAGAGGGGUGGGGGGUAGGAGGAGGAGAGGAAGAUGAUGGAACAAACCCUUUAAGAUUUCUCUGUUUUAUGGUUCUGACCUCUGCAGAUGAUCCAUAACUACAUGGAGCACGUGGAGAGGAUCAAGAUGCAGCAGCACAGUGAGACCUCCGAGUCCAGCGGGGUCGGCCGAGUCAGGUAAGACCUCAGCGGGGGGGGCUCAGGUCCUAAAGGGACAGAACCACAUGAUCACCACGUCUUCAUGAAGAGUUCACGAGUUUGAGUGUCUCUCUUAGAAAAGGUCAAACAGGAUCAUGGAUGAUUUGUGUCUACAGGAGGGAGCGCCCCCUGUCUUUGGGGGUCUUCCCGUCAUCUGCAGGGACAUCUCUGCUGACCCCAGACCCUCAGCUGAGGCCAGAGACCCUCGGCACAACGGAGAACUGGAGGUUCAACGACCCGACACAACCGCGGUCCAACGCCAGCCUCAAGGUAAGAGAGAGUGAAUGACACUGCCGUAAGAAUCCCGGACAGCUCAGACAGAAGGUCCGAAAAGAUCAACGAGAUUUCCUCGAGAAGUUAACCGGGUCGGAGAAAAUCAGCUUAAAAAUGAAACACUUAAAAAUGGAAACAGAAAAAAUCUAUAAAUAAACUUUAAUAUAGAAACAACAAGACAAAUAACCUUUAAUAUGGACACGGUAUAAAACCGUAAAUAAACUUAAAUAUGGAAAUGGUGUAAAACUGUAAAUCAGUUUAAAUAUAAAAAACCGUAUAAAACCAAAUAUAAAUUUUAAUAUGAAAAUAGUGAAAAAUCAAAAUAAACAGAAAUAUAAAAACAGAAUUACACUAUAAAUAAACUUUAAUAUGGAAACAGUAUAAAAACAUAAACAAACUGAAAUUUGAAAAAAAGUAUAAAACCAUGAAAAAAUUAAGUAUGGAAAAAAAAACUGUAUAAAACCAUAAAUUAACUUUAUUAUGGGAACAGUUUAUACCUGAAAAAACUUAAAUAUAAAAAUAGUAUAAAACCCCAAAAUAAAUUCUAAUAUGGAAAUAGUAAAAAAACAUAAUAAACAGAAAUAUGAAAACAGAAUUAAACCAUAAAUAAACUUUAAUAUGGAAAUAGUUUAAACCCAUAAACAAACUUACAUAUGUUAACAGUAUAAAACAAUAGAUAAACAGGAAUAUGGAAAUUGUAUAAAACCAAAAAUUAACCUUUAUAUGGAAACAGUAUAAACCAUUAAUAGACUUUAACAUGGAAACUGUAUAAAUCCAUAAUAAACACAAAUAUGGAAACAGUAUAAAAACAUAAAUAUACUUAAAUAUGAGACAGUAUAAAACCAUAAAUAAACUUUAAUAUGGAUAAGUAUAAAUCCAUAAUUAACAGAAAUAUAGAAACAGUAUAAACCAUUAAUAAAUUUAAAUAUGGAAACAUUAUAAAAAUAUAAAUAAACUUAAAUGUGGAAACAGUAUAAAACCAUAAAUAAAUAAUAAUAUGAAAACAGUAUAAAACCAUAAAUUCACACUAGUUUACUCUCUGUGAUCGUCUCCUGUUUUCAUUACCGUGUUUCUGUCUGCAGAGUUGGAGGGAGGAGGGUUCGGCUCUCGGGGUUAAAAAUAGAGCCUCUUUGAUGAGCUCAGGCGUGUGGGCAAAUUUUAGGAUGCAUCUGACAAAGCUGUCUCUGUUUUCACACAUCCUCCUCUUUAUCCAUUGAUGAAUAUGCAGACUUGUCUUUCCGCCGCCGCUGCUGCUGCUGCUGCUGCUGCAGUCACAGGAGAUCAUAAAACCAAUCCUGAAUAUUCAUUAGAGCAGCCAAACUGAUUUAAUCAGGACACAUACUAAGACACAGAUCGAUCAAUAAUUUUCUGUGGAGAGGAGAGGCUCAAGUUUGGGUUUGCAUGGAGUCUGGAGGUCCUUUGAGGAGGGAUUCAGGGUCGUCAGAGGACCUCUGAGGCUGUGUGGGUGACCAUGGUAAUUCAUCACACCGCUGCCUUUCUGUUGAAACUGGGACAUCAGCUCACUGAAGCAGUGCAUGAUGGGAGUGAUGCCGUUGUUUGGCUCUGAGCCAGUCAAAAAAAAGAGAAAGAGGCGAGCUGAAUGUGAUUGGCUGUUAUGUAAUCAGUGUUACAAGACGCUUAUUGUGGAGCUCGUCCCCGAGACACCGGCAGCUCUGAAACACAGACUCAGGCAGACGCGUGUGCGUGCGUGUGUGUGUGUGUGUGUGUUUGUUUGUUUGUCUGUUUGUUUAUUUAUCUUUCUGUCUGUUUGUUUGUUUGUCUGUUUUUGUGUCUGUUGUUUUGUCUGUUUUUUAGUUUGUUAGUUUAUCCGUCUGUCUGUCUGUUUGUUUGUUUAUCCGUUUGUUUGUUUUUUGCUCAGUGAGGAAAAUGUGGAUAAAAACAAACGUUGAUGUUGAAUAAAUCAUGGAGGGGUAAAGACCGCACAUGUUUUCAUGUCAUGACCAGGACCAGAACUAAACCGGACUACCAGGUCCCCUUUAAUGGAUCCUGAUGUGUUUAUGUUGAACUGAAGUCUUACCCUCAGAGAAUCACUUUGCAGCAGUGGACGAGGUUCAUGAAGCACCAGCUGAGUGACUGUGAUGAACGUAUUAAAGCUGUCAUGACUUCACUGCUUCACUUCUCAGACAUGCGCUCUGUUUACAUCUCUGCCUAACUGCUUCACGUGUGCGCUUCACUCUCACUCUCCCCCCUAAAGGACUCUAUGGACCCCCCAAAGGACAGGGGGGGGAAGAGAGCGCACCACUCCUCAUGGGGGAACUCACUGGCAGACGACUGCAAGGUAGUGGAUGAGUGUGCGCUGGCUGACGGCAGCACGCAUGCAGCGCCUGCAGACGGCUCAGUGUGUGUGUGUGUGUGUGUGUGUGUGUGCAUGUGUGUGCGUGUGUGUGCGUGUGUGUGCGUGUGUGUGUGUGCGUGCACGCGCGCUUCACUCUGCUGCUUCAUGUCACUCUGGCUGCUCACAUUCAUAGACUCACCUCAUCCACCUGUGAGCUACAAGUAACCAUGACAACCUGUGUUAGAGCUGCAUGUCUGUGCUGCUGUAGUUUAAUCUGUUUUACUGUAGUUUAAUCUGUAAUUCUGUAGUUUAAUCUGCUUUACUGUAGUUUAAUCUGUUAAUCUGUAGUUUAAUCUGUUAUAUUGUAGUUUAAUCUGUAAUACUGUAGUUUAAUCUGUAGUACUGUAGUUUAAUCUGUAAUAAUGUAGUUUAACCUGUUAUACCGUAGUUUAAUCUGUUUAACUCUAGUUUAAUCUGUAAUACUGUAGUUUAAUCUGUUAUAUUGUAGUUUAUUCUGUUAUGUUGUAGUUUAAUCUGUUAAUCUGUAGUUUAAUCUGUUAUACUUUAGUUUAAUCUGUAGUUUAAUCUGUUAUAUUGUAGUUUAAUCUGUAAUACUGUAGUUUAAUCUGUAAUACUGUAGUUUAAUCUGUUUUAUUGUAGUUUAAUCUGUAAUACUGUAGUUUAAUCUGUUAUAUUGUAGUUUAAUCUGUAAUGCUGUAGUUUAAACUGUAAUACUGUAGUUUAAUCUGUUAUAUUGUAGUUUAAUCUGUAAUACUGUAGUUUAAUCUGUAAUACUGUAGUUUAAUCUGUUUUAUUGUAGUUUAAUCUGUAAUACUGUAGUUUAAUCUGUUAUAUUGUAGUUUAAUCUGUAAUGCUGUAGUUUAAACUGUAAUACUGUAGUUUAAUCUGUUAUACUGUAGUUUAAUCUGUAAUGCUGUAGUUUAAACUUUUACACUGUAGUUUAAUUUGAUUUGUUGUAGUUUAAUUUGAUUCGUUGUAGUUUAAUUUAAUUUGUCGUAGUUUAAUUUGAUUUGUUGUAUUUUAAUUUGAUUUGUUGUUUAAUAUGAUUUGUCGUAAUUUGAUUCUUCGUAAUUCGUAGUUUGUUCUGUUUGAUCGGAUGUCGUGUUGGUCUGUAGUUUGGCUUCAUUCACGCUGAUCUUCACUGUAUUUUUAUCAUUAAUCUGAUCAAAGGUUGUGUGUUGUUGUCUUGUUUUUGUAUGUUGUUGUAUGUUGUUGUAUGUUGUUGUACAGUCAUCAGUGUGUACACCCUGAACAGGCCUGUGUUGUGUCCUGUUCUUUUGUGUCUAUUUGUGUUUUGUUGUGUAGUUGGUCAGAGUCUCGGCUGUAAUUGUUUCAGAAAUUGUGAAGCCUCCUGCAGUGUGUGUCUGUGCCUUUGUGUCUUUGUAUCUUUGUAGCUACAUCUUUGUGUCUUUAUGUCUACAUCUUUGUGUCUUUGUUUCUUUGUAUCUACAUCUGUGUGUCUUUGUAUCUACAUCUUUGUGUCUUUCUAUCUUUGCAUCUUUGUGUCUCUGUGUCCUGUUUUCUCUGUCACAUGUGUCUCUGAGUCUUAGUUUGGUGAAUCUUUGUGUCUCUGCUGUUUUGUGUCUGUAUUUGUGUGAUUGUGGUUUUUCAUCUUUGUGUCAUUGUAGUGUGUUGUCUGCGGGUCAUCUCAGUUUAGCUGUUUCCUGUUUGUCAGUUUGUGUUGUCUUCAUUUAAUGAGGACCUGUUUCCGUUAGUCCUGAUUCACAGACAGACCUGGGAUCCAGGUUCUGGUUCUGUUGCUGUGAACAUCUGGGCUCUGCUGUUGUGGUGUUGUGAUGUUUGUCGUGAUGUUUGUGUGUCUGUGUUCAGUCCUCCUCUCCAUGUGUCCCAUCAUAGACUCUGUAGUCCUCCUUGUGUUGGUCUGAGUGUUCCGGUUCUGCUCAGACUAAAUCUGGACUUUGACAGGCGCCCGGUUCCGCUGUGAUGGACUCUUUCUUUCUUCCUUACAGGACGAGUUGUCAGACUUCGCCGGCUCCAAGCCCGUCACGCCGGUGUCGACCACGGCCGCAGACAUGGAGAGGGAGGAGGGGACCAGUAAGAGCACGGAGGUCCAGGCUGCACCAGGAACCAGGUCCAUAUCAGUGGGUACGUCUAGAACAUCUUACCUGCUCCUUUCCUCAUGGUUCCAGAUGUUUCUAUGUUCCUGAAGAUCUAAAGAGCGGAACAUCUUCAGGACAGGACGGUUGGUAUGAGCUGGUUUAACGCUGAGACUCUGGACAUGUUCUGGUACUGACCGGGUUCUGACCAGGUUCUGACCCUGAAUCCAUCAGAUCGGAUUUGAAACCUUCAUGUCAUGUUGGUGAGAUAUGUUCUCCUCUGAGUCUGGAGGAGCUUCAGAGCUGGACCAGAGAAGACAGGAGGACAGAUGACGUUUAAAGACGGAUCUGUACACCUCAGAACCAGAACCAGAACAAGACUGUCCCUCCUGCUCUCAGGUGUGUCAGUGAUGUUGUGUGUCUCUUGCAGGUUUACCAGAAAAUGAGGACAGCUCAGACGUGCAGGACAUCAUCGAAUCCACCCCUGAGCUGGACAUGGAUCUGAUUGGUUACAAGCCCUGCAGGUAAAUCCAGACUGAGCGCUCAGGUGUGUUUUUGAUCGGGUCGUGGUUAAAACCAGGUGAGCUAACAUCAUCACCUGUCUCCUCGGACUCCUGCAGCACGCCCACUAAGGGCAUCGAGAACAUGGCCUUCGACCGAAACACCGACUCUCUGUUUGAGGAGCUGUCGUCCGCGGGGACGGGGCUGAUCGGGGACGUGGACGAGGGCGCUGACCUGCUGGGUGAGUCAGGAACUUUUAACGCUUUAAUGGAAGUGAGGCAGGAACCUGGAGCGUGACUGUCCUUCACCUGGACAGGUGUUCAUACUGAGGCUCACCUGGACAGUAAACAAAAGUGCUUUCUCACGGUGCUCUCCUCCUUUCCUCCUCUCCUCUCCUCUCUCCUCUCCUCUUAUAGAUAUCAUGUAUAAAUCAGUUUCAGGUGUUUGAUUGAUUGACUGUUGAUGAUCUGUUUUUUUUUAACGAUUCUUAUUCCUAACCUGUUCUCACCUGUUGUUAUGCGUUACCUGCUCUCACCUGUUCUCACCUGUUCUUACCUCUUCUCACCUGCUCUCACCUGUUGUUACCUGCUCUCACCUGCUCUCACCUAUUACCUGUUGUUACCAGUUCUUACCUGUUACAUGUUGUUACCUGUGUUCACCUGUUCUCACAUGUUCUCACCUGCUCUUACCUGUUACCUGUUACCUGCUCUCACCUGUUCUCACCUGUUCUCACCUGUUCUCACCUGUUCUCACCUGUUCUCACCUGUUCCUGUUCUCACCUGCUCUCACCUGCUCUCACCUGUUCUCACCUGUUCUCACCUGUUCUCACCUGCUCUUACCUGUUCCUGUUGUUACCUGCUCUCACCUGUUACCUGUUCUUACCUGUUCUCACCUGCUCUCACCUGCUCUUACCUGUUACCUGUUCUUACCUGUUCUCACCUGUUACCUGUUCUCACCUGCUCUCACCUGUUUCCUGUUGUUACCUGCUCUCACUUGUUCUCACCUGUUCUCACCUGCUCUCACCUGUUCUCACCUGUUCUCACCUGUUACCUGCGCUCACCUGUUCUCACCUGUUACUUGUUGUUACCUUGCUUCAGUCCGAACCAUCAGCUCACGUUAACAUCCUCUCUCUCUCUCUCUCCGUGUCUCACCCCCGUCUUUUCUCCAUAUCCUCAGUGGAGUACUCCGGUGUGUAUGACCUCUGACCUUUCUCCCGUGGUAUCCCGUUGAUCCUCUCCCUCGCUCGCCAUCACCGUAGCUCAUAGCUCCUCCCCCUCCUCCUCUUCAUCAUGUCUGUUAGACGCUGACUAAGACUGAGUUUCUGCAUGAAGGAGCUCGAAGCUGCUGUCUGCUGUGCAGGACUGCUCUGUCCGCAGCUUCCCUCCUCUCCUCUCCUCCUCCUUUAUUUUCUCUCCUCUUCUCCCUCUUUAGUUUUUCUUCUCCUCCUUUAUUUUCUCUCCUCUUCUGCCUCUUUAGUUUUUCUUCUCCUCCUUUGUUUUCCUUCCUCUCCUCCUCCUUUAGCCCCGCCCCCUCAGUGUUUUUUUUUUUAAAGCGUUGUUUUUCAGGAUCGUCUUUUUGCUCGUUGAAUCAGCAGCUUCGUGUUGAGCUCUGACUUCGUCAUCAUUUUGUCAUUUCACUGUCUCAAACUAUUUCCCAUGUCUCUCCCCCUCUCUCCCUCUCUCUCUCUCUCUCUCUCUCUCUCUCUCUCUCUCUCUCUCUCUCUCUCUCCCUCGCUCUCUCUCCUCGCUUUGUCCGCCUGGCUGGGAUUGCAUGGUUAUCUCAGACCUUAGUUUGAUUGGUAAGACCCCACCCACUUUCCCUCCUCCUCCUCCUCCUCCUGUCAGUCAUGUGACUUGUGUUGUGGGGUUGUGUGUAGUUGUAGUUGUGCUCAGUAUCAGUAGUUGUUUGUUAGAUCUGACAGUAAGAGUGAUCUGAAGAGUUUUGCACCCUGAUCUGUAGUCUGUCCUGUCGUCACCGCUCCAGCUUGUUUGUCAGACUGUUUUUUUCUCCAAGCCAUGAAGCUCUAACUUUGUCUCACCUGUGCUCAGGUAUGGGUCGAGAGGUGGAAAACCUCAUUCAGGAGAAUUCACAGCUGCUUGAAACAAAGUAAGAGCGUAACCAGCGAGUUUCUCUGAUUCUGUUUCCUGCUCAGUUUCACCCUCGGUAACGCUCUCUCUCAUUCCCCUCCAGAAAUGCUCUGAACGUGGUGAACAAAGACCUGAUCCUGAAGGUGGACGAGCUCACCUGUGAGAAGGAGAUGCUGCAGGGCGAGAUGGACGCCGUGCUGCAGGCGAAAGUCAAGCUGGAGGACAAGAACAGAGAGCUGGAGGAGGAGCUCAAGAAGUAAGUCAGCAGACUCAGGGGUCAGUGUGUUUACAGCAGCAGACAGAAGGGGGCGCUGCAGAGACAAAGAGAUUUUUAAUCAGAGACACGAGUGAAAAAGAAAAAGAGAAACCGACACAUAAACACAUGGAGCCUUGAGUGUAGCUGCUGUGCUCCUGAAUCACCUGAUGGAGCUGUUGUUGUUCUUCCAGAGUGCGUCUGGAGGUGGAGGAGGUGAAGCACAAGAGUAAAGAUGAAGAAGACGUGAGUUUGUCGUGGUGAACGCUCUCAGAUCAUGAAUGUGUGUGUGGAUGAUCAUGUGCGGUCUUCUUCUUCUUCUUCUUCUCCCUGCAGAGUGACGUUCCCACGGCUCAGAGGAAGCGUUUCACCAGGGUGGAGAUGGCUCGUGUGCUGAUGGAGAGGAACCAGUACAAGGAGAGACUGAUGGAGCUGCAGGAGGCGGUGAGGUGGACGGAGAUGAUCAGGUGAGGCUGCAGGUUCAGAUCCAGGUCCAGGGUUCGAGCUGGUUCUGGUGUUGAAUUCAGCUGAAGUGAAUAAUUGACUCACACUGAAACGCUCCUCCUGGUUUCGUCCUCAGGGCCUCCAGAGAGAACCCCACCCUGACGGAGAAGAAGAAGUCCAGUAUCUGGCAGUUGUAAGUCCUAAUCCAGAGUUCGGGUUUUUUUCUGCCUGGUUCAGGUUCUGUUUCAGGUUCUGGGUUCAGGUUUCAGCUCAGAUCUUUAAACUUGUUCUCUCUGGUCUUUUCCGGGUCGUGCUGUUGAACUGGCAGCAUGAGGUAAAGAUGGUUGAAUGACACCCCCCCCCCCCCCUUCAGACCCCGCUCCCUCUGACUCUGACCCCACCCCCCUCCAUCUUGGACCUCCAUCUUUCUUGUGGUCCUCUGGUGUUUGUGUCUCAGACCUCGGUCCUGGUCUUACUGUCAUGGCUCCUCCUCUACCUGCUGGUGGGGGGUUGGGUUGGGGUCACGGCGGGUUCAGGUCUGUCGUUAAAGACACGCUCCGAUAUUCAACAAUCCCAGCAUGCUCUCUGUCUGUACAGAGGUUCGGUGGCCGUCAGCCGCCUGAUUGGCUGUCUGGUCGUUAAGUUAGUUGGUUGUUUAUUUGUUGGUGACCUUCCUCUCCUCACUCUCCCUGCACUCCUCUCUGUCUGUCUGUGACUCCGCCCCCUGCAGCUUCAGCAGACUGUUUAGCUCCUCCUCCUCCAGCUCACCGACCAUGAAGAAGGUGGACUCGCAGUCCAACGUGAAGUACAACGCCCCGGGCAGCCUGGUGAAGAGGAGCAGCACCUUCUCCCAGUUUCCCACCGAGAAGUCCAAGACCUUCGACUUCCUCAACGAAGAGUGAGCGCCGCACUCUGAUUGGCUGACCUCAUGGUGCAUGCUGGGAGUCACUUCAUUAGUUCUUAUCUGAGGUGUGUGUGUGUGAACUGAGGGUGUUUGUGUCUGCAGGAAGGAGCAGUGCAGCUCGCCGUCUCGUAAGGAGCAGAAGAGGGCGCAGUACCGACAGGUGAAGGCGCACAUGCAGAAGGAGGACGGAGGGCGAGUCACCGCGCACGGAUGGAGUCUGCCCGGGAAGUACAAGGUCAGAACCAGAACCCAGUUGACUUUGUCACACCGGUCAAAUAGAAAAUAGGAUCUGGAAGUGUCCACCAGAGGGCGCUCAGACUCUGUAGAUCAGACCACCAGAGUCUGAGACAAGAGUCUUUCUCUGCUCCCACCUGGUCUUGGUCCUGGUCUGACUCAGGGCAGGUUCAUCUCUGUGCAUCUACCUGUACAGGUCCAACCUUGGCCCUGAACUUAGAGUAACAGGACUACAGCUCCCAGAAUUCCCCUGGGGUUGUGUGUCUGUGUGUGUCUGUUGUUUAUUUCUUGGGGGUCUUUCUGACUCAGAGAUCCUGGUCUAGAUAAAGUCCUUCAGUCCUGGUUUUUCUUGUGUGUCUCUUUGGACCCGGUCCAGGUCUCUAAUGGCGGUCAGGUGGAGAACAAACUGGACCUUCCUGUGCCGGUCUACCUGAGACCCCUGGAGCAGAAGGACUCCUCUAUGAAGGUAAGACAGGGGACGUCUUUAGACCUGACUCAGGUGGGCGUGAACUCUGAUGUCACAGCGCCGCUCCUCUCUGUCCUCCAGCUCUGGUGCGCUGCGGGAGUCAACAUGUCGGGGGGCGGAGCCUCGCCGCCGUCGGAUCUCAGCAGGCAGACUAAAGGGUCUCAGAGCAGUCUGGACCAGCUGGACUCGGACAGUAAGGUGAGCUGGACUUCUUUGGUUCGGUUGGGGGGACGGGUUCUGACGGGUUCUGAGUCUCCACCCAUGCGCUGGUUCUGUGUUCCUGCAGGACCAGGAGAAGGAGGCGGUCCUCCAGGAGGAGACCUCCAGCAGGGUCUGGGUCUGCACCAGCUCACACUCCUCCACCAAGGUGAUGGUUCUGGACGCCAGUCAGCCGUCCGACCUCCUCGACAGCUUCUACGCCUGUAACACCCAUGUCGUCUGCAUCGCCAGCGUGCCCGGUGAGUGAGCGAGCGAUCACGGCGUACCAGAAUCCCCCCGGACCUGGUCUGACGGCGUCCCGGCUGGUUCUGUGUUCUUCCAGGUGCGUUGGAGUCGGAUUAUCCCGCAGGCGAGGAGGUGCCCCAGGAUCCAGAGGCCGGUCAGGGCGACGGCGUGUCCCUGGCCGGCAGCGUGGCGAGUGUGGGCUCCACGGGCAGCGAUGGAGCCAUGGCGGCAGAGGGGACGACCGCCAUUCCCCAGACGGCGUCCUCGGGUGUGAGCGAUCAGCCGGCUGAGCACAGCGGCGUCUCUGGAUCAGGUAGAGUCUGAGGGUUGGGCGAAGAAGGGCUGAGCGUUUUUAUCGUGCGAUUAUUCCGGACGUCAAUAUUUCCAUCAUGUCCGCAGUGGAGCUGUCCAGAGAGACCAGCCCAGCGGAGGACGGCGUCCCGACAGCCGAAGAGGCGACAGAAGCCACAGAGGCGAACGCCGGCGUGGGUGAGGAGGGGGCGGAGGAGCAGGCAGUGGACCCCAACCAACCUGGGAUUUACACCGAGCACGUCUUCACCGACCCGCUGGGGGUGGGGCCUACUGACCCCUCACCUGCCGACACACACAGGUGAGUCCCAGAACCAGGUCUAGAUCCAAUCAGAACUUCCUAAACUGAAGUUCUGGUUCCUGUCCUCGGCAGCUCCGGGCCGGACGGCGUCUCCUCUCCGCAGACUGCAGACAGUGACCCCUCAGAGGUGGAGGUCCUCAGGAUGAGCAGCGCCCUCCCCACCAUGUGGCUGGGAGCCCAGAACGGAUGGUGAGUACUGCACUAGGGGGCGCUGCUAGGAGUUCACAGAGUCUGGACCUUUGAGGGUCUGAUGGUUCCUGUCUCCUGUCUCAGUCUCUACGUCCACUCCUCUGUGGCCCGAUGGAGGAAGUGUCUCCACGCCAUCAAGCUGAAGGACUCCAUCCUCGGCAUCGUGUGAGUAUGUCUCCGUCAGUCUGACCCAGAACCGCCGUGACCAUGGUCGUUUCUUACAAUAUGGAGCAGACUUGUCCACCUACAGCAGUCCCACCUCCACCUACAGCAGUCCCACCUCCACCUACAACAGUCCCACCUCCACCUACAGCAGUCCCACCUCCACCUACAACAGUCCCACCUCCACCUACAGCAGUCCCACCUCCACCUACAACAGUCCCACCUCCACCUACAGCAGUCCCACCUCCACCUACAACAGUCCCACCUCCACCUUCAGCAGUCCCACCUCCACCUACAGCAGUCCCACCUCCACCUUCAGCAGUCCCACCUCCACCUACAACAGUCCCACCUCCACCUACAGCAGUCCCACCUCCACCUACAGCAGUCUCACCUCCACCUACAGCAGUCCCACCUCCACCUGCUGCAGGUCUAACUCUCUCUCCUGGUUUCAGGCACGUUAAGGGUCGGGUUCUUGUCGCUCUGGCUGACGGGACCUUGGCGAUCUUCCACAGAGACCUGGGUAAGUCUGCAGGUCGUGAACUCGAGCGUAGACUUGGAGUCGGCGGUUUCAGGGGCCGCAGACCAGGUUCAGGUCUUGGUCUUGUUCUGGUCUCACCUCUCUGUGUUUGCAGCAGACGGUCAGUGGGAUCUGACCAACUACCACCUGCUGGAUCUGGGCCGACCCCAUCACUCCAUCCGCUGCAUGAGCGUGGUCCACGACAAGGUCUGGUGUGGGUACAGGAACAAGAUCUACGUCAUCCAGCCCAGGGCCAUGAGGAUCGAGGUGCAGACUCGCUCACUCUGUUCAGAAAGAUCAUCUUCGGACCUCCGUCGCUCCUCUAACCUCUCUGUUUCUCCUCGGAGCAGAAGUCCUUCGACGCUCACCCUCGGAAGGAGAGUCAGGUCCGGCAGCUGGCCUGGGUCGGAGACGGGAUCUGGGUGUCCAUCCGUCUGGACUCGACUCUUCGCCUGUUUCACGCUCACACCUACCAACACCUGCAGGACGUGGACAUCGAGCCCUACGUCAGCAAGAUGUUAGGUAUGAGGACCUUCAUGAACGUUCACAGCUGGAACAGGAGUCACCGGAGACUGGACCUAACUCUGUGUGUGCGUGUGUGUGUGUGUGUGUGUGUGUGUGUGUGUGUGUGUGUGUGUGUGUGUGUGUCUGCAGGUACAGGUAAACUGGGCUUCUCCUUCGUCAGGAUCACAGCUCUGGUGGUUUCCUGCGGCCGUCUGUGGGUGGGAACAGGAAACGGCGUCAUCAUCUCCAUCCCUCUGUCUGAAGGUAACUCGAACACUUCUCCGCAGCUCCACCCAUCAGGGUUCACCUUUUACACACCUGCGUGUCUGAGGGCCAUCAUCCUGAGCUGUGAUUGGUUGGAUUCUAACGAACAGGAAGCUUCAGUAAAACCCCCGACUGGUGUUGUUGUUGUUGUUGGAGGUCUGUGUUGGUUAAAGAGUUGAAUGUUUGACUGAGAGAAGAGGAGCCAUGGAGCUGCAGGUCUGAAGGUCUUCUUCCUCGCCGUCCUGAUGUCGCGUUCUUCUCUCUCUGACACAGAACUUUAGAUUUCCAUGAUUUCUUUGUCUCUUCAGCCAAUAAGACGAUGGGAAUUGUGCCAAACCGUCCGGGCAGUGCUGUCCGGGUUUACUCCGACGAGGGGUCGGACGGCGGCGUUCCGGGCAGCUUCGUGCCCUACUGCUCCAUGGCCCACGCCCAGCUGUGUUUCCAUGGACAUCGAGAUGCCGUCAAGUUCUUUGUUACUGUACCAGGUAAGAGAUGGCGGCGGUGUUGAGGGGAAUCCUCCCUCUGUCACAUUUCUACGUCUGCUCAGAUUUGAAUCAGCUGUGAUUUAUUCUCUUUAAAGGCUGAAUAAGAGUUUAUUUACAGGGUUAGAGCAGGGAGGAUGUUUUAUUCUGACCUGAAAGACGUUUUUAUUCGGUGAAGAGUUAGCUGACUGACAGGUGAUCGAAAAUGACCUGAUCGUUGUUAUUUAGUGAAUAAUUUCAGUCCGGAGAUCAAACUUAAGCUUCUGAUCUCAGACUUUUCCUCCGUCCUGUUAAUGUAAAUCUCUCAGACUCUCAUCGUCUCUCUCUCUCUCUCUCUCUCUCUCUCUCUCUCUCUCUGUUUUCUGUCUCAGGUCAAGCGAUGCCUCCACCUGGUUCUGCAGAUUCAGGUUCUGAUGAUCCUCCGUCUGAAUCCUCCGACACGGUGACCUCUGAACCCAAAACAUACUUGGUGAUGAGUGGAGGUGAAGGUUACAUCGACUUCAGGAUGGGUGGGUUACAGCUCUGACACUGCAGGACGUUUCCUGGUCACUUUAGUUUAACCAACCAGACUAACCCAAACUAACACACACUGACCUAAACUAACUAACCCAGACUAACCCAAACUAACUCACACUUAACUUAACCAGACUAACCCAAACUAACUACAGUUAAACUAAACUAAACCAACCCAGACUAAACCAAACUAACUCCAACUGAACUAAACCAAACAGAACUGACCCAAACUCACUCAAACUAAACUAAACUAAACCGACCCAGCCUAACCUAACCUAAACUAAACUAAACUAAACUAACCGGGACUAACCCAAACUAACUCACACUUAACUUAACAAGCCUAACCGAAACUAACUCCGAUUAAACUAAACCAAACAGAACUGACUCAAACUCACUCAAACUAAACUAAACUAAACCAAACCAGCCUAACCCAACUAAACUAGACCAACCCAACCUAACCCAGACUAACUCACACUUAACUUAACCAGCCUAACCGAAACUAACUCCAGCUAAACUAAACCAACCAACCCAGACUAACUCACACUUAACUACACCAGCCUAACCCAAAGUAACUCAAACUAAACGAAACCAUUCCAGACUAACCCAAACUAACUCUGACUAAAUUAACCCUGCCUAACCCAGCCUAACCAAACUUAACUCACACUGAACUUAACUAUCUAACCCAAACUAACUCCAACUUGACUAAACCAUCCCAGACUAACUCAAACUAACUCACACUGAACUAAACCAACCCAGCCUAACCCAACUGAACUAAACUAACUAACUCAGCCUAACCCAAAUUAACCAACACUUAACUAACCCAAACUAACUCACACUUACCUAACCUAGACUAACCCAAACUAGCGCCAACUAAACUUAACCAACCAGGACUAACCCAAACUAACUCUAACUUAACUAAACCAACCCAGCCUAACCCAAACUAACUCACACUUAACUAACCCAGCCUAACUCAAACUUAACCUAACACACUAACCCAGCUCAAGAUACUCCAACUUUACUAGACUAACUAACCCAAACUAACUUAAAAAAAAAAACAGUUCUCUGGUUAUUGAACUGGGUCUCUCUGUUAUGGCCGUUUGACCUUUGACUCUGUGACUCCCUCCUUAAAGUCUGACUGCUCCUCUUCCUCUACAGGUGACGAAGGAGGCGAGCUGGACGGUCUAUCAGAGCCGUCAGCCAAUCAGCAGUCAGCUCGCACCAAGGCCGAGCAGAGCCACCUGAUUGUGUGGCAGGUCACCACCUCUCAAGACUGAAACCAGAGACUCUCUGAGCGCCAGAGCUGCCGCCUCCCGCAUGAUCUCUUCCCAUAAUUCAGUUCAUGUUCCUGACCGUUCUCCACGCCACAGAGGCCUCCACGCCGAGUCCUUUACGCCGAGGCCUCCUCCUCUGAGUCAGAAACGUUAUUUUAGUCCAUGUUUGUUCAGUUUGUUCUUCGUGAAUAUGAACCCUUCAGGUUUUGUAAACUUAAAGAGUCCGUCCAGGUGCUCCGUCCUGCAGGGAGGCGUACAGGUGAGGUGGGUGUGUACAGGCAGAAGGUGGCUGAAGGUGCGGGUGUGUCCAGGUGAAGUCUGCAGGUGUUCAGAGUUACAAAAGGAGCAGGAAGUUUCAGGUCGGACUGACGAACAUUUUCUAUCACACUCCUUUCUGACACACCUGUGUGCGUGUGUGUGCGUGCGUGCGUGCGUGCAUGCGUGUGUGUUAGCCUUUUUAUCAUGUUAACAUCAUUAUUACUCCUUUUAUUUCAAACAAACACUAAAGUUUAAUGUUUUUUUAAUGUUUCUAAUCUGAGUGAAUGCAGUCAGACUGACAGGUGAGGACGCCGUCUCUGAUAAACUGACAGUUAAUCUGAUUUUAGUUUGGUUAAAACGGGGGAAUGACCCUUUACUUUAACGGGUUUAUAAUCAGCAGGGGUGGAAAGAGCUGAAAUUCUCAACUACAGUGAAGUACAGUGACUCUGAUGACCCACUCUGUGUGUCUGUUAAAGGUCCAAAGGUGAAUUAAACACCUGUUCUUUAUUGUUAUUAUCAGACAAGAAUCAGGACUUCAUUGAUUGUUAUGGAUAAUAAUGUGCUUACAAAUGUAGGAAGGAGUAUUUUAUAUUAUUAUAGAAAGGCUGAUUCAAACCGGAUGAGAUAUUAAAGCUCCUGUGAGUGACUCUCAGUUUGUGACGACUUCUGCUCGGCUCAUUUUAUUGUCGACAAAGAAACGUAUCCUGGUUUCUUUUAUAUUUAAAUGCUUCAUAAAUCAAAAUUUUGAGUUGAAACCAUACCCACUGAGCAGGUCUAAUAGACGUCUAAAUGUAGUCUAGACGACUGAAAAUUAAAGUUUUUUAGAUGUCUAAAUAUAGACCAAGUUUAGACUAAAUCUGAAUCUGGGCUUCAUCUGUACUACGCUGUGUAUUGCUCAACGGCUAUCAUAGUUAUUGUGGUUAAGUCCUUGGAGAUCAGUGAUGCAACUAUAUCGAAUAAUGUGUUAAAGUGCAACGUCUGAAUUCCGUCUAAAAAUAUACAGAAUCUAGACGGUUAAAAUUAGAUCUAAAAAAAAACUAGAUGUCUAAUAGCCGUCUAUUGCUCAGUGGGAUAGACUGUAUCUAGAACAGUCGCGUCUGCCUCCUCGCUGGGUGAAGCUACUCUGAGAACAGCACCCUCUGGUGACGGGCUGCAGUAUAGGUCAUAAACCCCGCCUCCUUAUGGAGCUGUGGACAAACUUUUUUAUGCUUUUCAUAGAACUCAAAGACAGUGUACAAUACAAAGACAAAACAAUACAGAGGCUUAUAAAUAAACAUUUAAAAGCAGAAAUAAAUAAAUAGAUAAACAGAUAAAAAACUUCUCACAGGAGCUUUAAAAUGACCAAGAUGGAGCUUUAACAGUGAGGAAUCAUCCAAUCAGCUGUCUGCAUGCUCUAGACACAAGUUAGAGUAGAUCAGGUCUGUACAUAGAAGAUACAGAAGUCAAAGUUCUGAUUAUUAAAUGACUUAAAGAAAGUACAAAUACACAAAAAUACUUCAGUUCCUACAGCGUCAGUGAAUAUAAUCAGAUGAUUUUUCCACCCCUGCUCUGUCAGUCAUUUUAAACUCACCUACAGACUGAAGUUUACUGUUAUUAUUGUGUGUGUGUGUGUGUGUGUGUGUGUGUGUGUGUGUGUGUGUGUGUGUGUGUGUGUGUGUGUGUGUGUGUGUGUGUGUGUGUGUGUGUGUGUGUGUGUGUGUGUGUGUGUCCUGGUGCUUCCUGCUUCAGCUCAUCAGCACUUUAAAUCCGACCUGUAAGUCUCUGGAGGUUUGAACGUCCCGACCAUGAUGGUUAUUAUUAAUAACGAUGAUAAUGACGAUAAUGUGUUAAUAAUGUUCGUGUCUGACACUCUGCAGAGCUAACAGAAUGAAAGGAACAAAAGCAGGCGUGUCUGUAGCGAUAUCUGUGGUCUCAGUUACCAAAGGAGGAGGAGAAAGAGGAGGAGGAGGAGGAGGAGGAGGAGGAGGAGGAGGAAGGAGAAACUGGAGAUCAGAUUUUUAUAUUAAAACCUGUUUUUAGUCGUUUUAUUGGAGGGAAUUCAUGUGUUCAUAUUUUCAGGAUGUCAUCCUGUUGGAAAUAAAAGAUGAAAAAGGGAAUCAGUUUUCGGAUGGACAGACUUUUAUUCUCGUGUUUCAUCACAAAGACGCCAAAAAAAAAAAGAGCGACUACGUCUGGACCUCCAAGACGUGUUUGAUAUUCAGCGAGAGACUCGUGUCUGAACAUGAACCUUUACUCUGACUGUAAACUGAGAACUGACAGGUCUGUGACUGUGUCUGUGACUGUAAACUAAGAACUGACAGGUCUGUGACUGUGUCUGUGACUGUAAACUAAGAACUGACAGGUCUGUGACUGUGUCUGUGACUGUAAACUAAGAACUGACAGGUCUGUGACUGUGUCUGUGACUGUAAACUGAGAGCUGACAGGUCUUGUCUGUGUCUGUGUCUGUGCUCAGGUUACAGACACGUUUGGUCUUUUUUAAAUUGAGGAUUCAGUUUCAGAAAAUCUCGCCCUCAUCAUGUUUUUUAUUUUCCUUCCUGGAGUCGGCCGUCGUGGUUCAGGAUGUAAUUUUCUACAGAAUUAAACUCUGACAGGAGGAAACUGUAAAUAAACUCGUCCUCAGUUUACCUGGUCGUUACUGAAAACAAAUAAAACUCAUCUAACCUGUUUGACAAACCUGAGCCGAACCUGUGACCUGAAACACCUUUGGGUUCACACUCAAUUUCACAUAUACACACUAAUAUACACACUCUGACACACACGCUUUGAUACACACUGUGUGUUUGUGCGUUUGCAUCUCUGUCUGUUUCUGUGUUUAUCUCUGUUUCUUACCUUCAUCAGUUUAUACUACAGACGGUACAUCUCUAUCUACAGUCUAUUUUCAGUCUAUUUUCAGUCUAUUUCCAGUCUAUCCACGGUCCUCCUUCUUGCCUCUCACUGCCCCUUCAAACUGAGUCGGUCUGAGGAGCGCCUUAAAUCCACCGCACUCUUCCUCUCCUGCAGACGCUCGAAAUUCAACCUGCUGCUUUAUUUUCUGAUCCUUCAUUUAGACUCGAGAUCUUCAGUGUAACAGCCGGGCGUCUCCAGCAGGUGGAGCUGUCUGCUCACCUCUCCAACAGGCCGCCCUGCAGCUCAUAUCACUGAGACCUGAUCCUCAUGAUCCCAGGUACACUGUGGUUAUUCAGCCAGCAGGGGGCGCAGCUGUUCUGUCCGUCAUCUGCAGCAUCACAGAAGAAUUACCAUGAAAUUACAUCACAGCUCGGCGCCCCUCCCCUCCUCUCCAGUGCGUGGGCCGACAAAGAGGUCUGCUCACACACACACACACACCCUCUGACGUCAGAAAGAGAGCGCGCACGUGUGUGUGUGUGUGUUCUUCAGGCUGCAGCUCUUCAUCCUCCGAGCCAAAGAUGAAGAUGAAGAGAGGAACACUCAGUUCUCUCAUCCUCAGACAGACUGUGAUGAAGAUGAUGAUGAUGAUGAUGAUGAUGGGGGGGUUGUCUGCUGUCUCCUCUGUGUGUUUUUGUCAGAGUCGGCGUUUUUACCUCUAGUUAACCGUUCUAAAAAUAAACCUGACAGACAGAUGGAGUUCAAGUCCUGGUUAACCCCCCCACACACACACACACACACACACACACACACACACACACACACACACACACACACA